ACCAAGGGAUGAAAUACCGAUGGCUGCUCUCUUAGAGCCUGCUGAGAUGAACAGCCACUUCUCUUCCUUGCAGCCUGCGAAAUUGCUGCACAGCAGCUGCGAAGGAUCACUGGCGGCAACCGGCGGCGGCGGCGGCAGCGGAGAUGUUUUUGAUUUCGCGCAGAUUGAUCAGAGUCAGUUUUUCGAUGGCUCGUGUCUCACGGAGGUCGCCGGAGAACUGGAAACUCCGACUUCUCGAAUGAUGGAGAGCUCUGAUCUAUACGAGCAUGAGAUGGAAUAUGAGGAGUUGAAGAGAAGGAAAGCUGAAGGUGGGUGUAGGAUUGGAUUCAGAACAAAGUCUGAGGUGGAGAUAUUAGAUGAUGGAUUCAAAUGGAGGAAAUAUGGCAAAAAAGCUGUGAAGAAUAGCCCAAAUCCAAGGAAUUACUAUCGAUGCUCAAGCCCAGGCUGCGAGGUUAAAAAGAGAGUGGAGAGAGAUCGUAGCGAUUCAAGCUAUGUGAUAACCAUAUACGAAGGAACUCACAAUCAUAUAAGCCCAGAUUGCAAGCCAUAUACAACGAAUCCUCCUCAACUAGCCAUAGCUCCAAGCCAUUCAUGGAGCCAACAGUUUUGACUGUUUUCUCCCACUAGAACUACCUGUUCACUUUGUAAUUUUCUUUAGAGGCAAUUCAACAAACACCUUGCCCAUCAGCUAUUUCUAUUUUGUUUAUUAUGUAGCUAUUUUUUUUUGCUUUCCUUUUGGGAUUUGUAUCUUGGUUUAAGUGAAUUUUAUCAUCAAUAUAAAAUUUGUUAGUUUUGAUUGAAAA